AUGAAGAACAAGGUGCUUGAUGAGGUCCAGCGGUUGUCAAGCGGAAUAAUCCUUUUUUCGUUUAUGACGGGGUUAUUUAUGUUGUCAUUGUGGCAUAAUUAUGUGACUGUUCAUUUCCAACACAAGCAUGACCCAAGAGAUACCAGAAGUUCGAGGACGAACAUUGAAUCAAGCGAUAAGAAGAAGACACGUCCAGCUCGUCACUCUCGACCCCUCUCGAUAUCAUCUGCUACCCCCAUAGAUUUAGAACGGGAUCAAGAAAAUAACAUUGAAUAUGACCGUACCGUAACCAGCAAGCUCUCCAUGGACAGCGAUGCCUGUGUGUCAGGAGAAGGCAACGGGGAUGAUAACAUCAAGAUGGAAACUAAUGUGAGUCAAGCCCCAUAUGCUGCAGAGAAUCCAUUUCAAAAUAUUGCGCUUGCCGAGGAUACUAGGCUGGUAGCUGACCUGAAGUACUACUACAAGCAAUACGGUAUUGAUAUUGAAGAAUUUGAAGUUGAGACAGACGACGGAUUUAUUAUUGAUUUGUGGCAUUUCAAGCCCAAAUUAGGGGAUGUUGUAGAUGAGGCGAAACGUGAACCUAUUUUGUUAUUGCAUGGACUUUUACAAAGUUGUGGGGCUUUUGCCUCUUCAGGGAGAAAAUCCUUAGCAUAUUUUCUUUAUGAAUCGGGAUUUGACAUUUGGUUAGGCAAUAAUAGAUGUGGCUUACAUGCUAAGUGGAACAUGAAAAAAUUAGGCAAUGAUCAUUCAAAAAAAUGGGAUUGGGAUAUGGACGAGAUGGUCCAGUACGAUUUAAAGGCACUUGUAUGCCACGUGCUGGAUAGUACAGGAUUUGCUAAACUAUCGCUUGUGGCGCAUUCACAAGGUACCACACAAGGAUUUAUGGGACUUGUUAAUGGUGAGAAACUGUACGCAAGUGAUUUUAAAUUAGUGGAUAAAUUAGAAAAUUUUGUUGCUUUGGCUCCUGCAGUUUAUCCUGGACCUUUACUGGACGAAAAAUCCUUUGUACGACUAAUGGCAAAUGGUAUUGAUUCCCCAUGGUUCUUUGGUAGAAGAUCAUUUGUACCUUUGAUGAUGGCAAUGAGAGAUUUGAUGGUUGGCACCAAGAUUUUUUCGUUUCUUUCAUAUGUCAUGUUUAAUUAUUUAUUUGAUUGGAAUGAUGCAUUGUGGGACAGAGUCUUAAGAGAUCGGAAUUUUUUAUUCUCGCCAGUUCAUAUUUCAGUCAAAUUGAUGCAAUGGUGGCUGUCGCCUGACCAAAACAAACUAAGUUUUAAAAAGGGUUCAGAGAAAAUUUUUCCUGACAAGAAAACAUGGUUCCCCGUUGCCAAGAAUGAUGACGAUAGUGGUAAUAGUUUAAGUAGCGACAACCUACAUCUAAAUCCGAAAAGACAAAAUAGUGAUGAUUUCCCACAUAUUAUAAUGUUCAUUCCAAAGCAAGAUCGACUAGUGGACGGUGAACGAUUAAUUAACCAUUUUAUCAAUCAUGAAGCUAAUUCGGUGUACAAAAUCUGGUAUAUUGAUGAGUAUUCUCAUCUGGACGUUUUAUGGGCGCAUGAUGUUAUUGACAGGAUUGGUAAGCCAAUGAUAGAAAAUAUGAGAUUCCGCAAUGCAGAGUAG